AUGGUUGGUUCUGUAUUUGAUGCCAUUAUAUGUGACCCUCCUUAUGGAGUGCGAGCUGGUGGACGCAAAUCUGGUGGUCGGAAGCUGCUAAAGGGGAUUGUGGAACCUUACACUGUUCCUGAUGAUAAAAGAGCAGAUCACAUACCAUCAACUGCAGCCUACAGUUUAGUUGAGUGUGUGCAUGAUUUGUUUGAUCUUGCUGCCAGGAUGCUUGUUAUGGGGGGCAGGCUUGUGUUUUUCUAUCCUGUAUUGCGAGAUGACGAUUUCUCGGAAAUCCAUUUCCCAGAGCAUCCAUGUUUUAAACUUAUUUGUUCUUCGGAGCAGAUCCUUAGUUCACGUUAUAGCAGAGUGUUACUGACAAUGGUCAAGAUAGGUCCUUACACAGAGGAAAUACAAGAGGAAGCUUGGAUAAAACACAUUGAAUUUAGGGAGAACCAUGUGAAGUGGUUAGAAGAUGGUAAUCUUCAUUCUGGAGUUUUCAGUCCAGCUGAUGAUCAGUUAUCUGAGACUGGUGAUUUUAAGUCAAUUAAAGAUCAAAAGCCUAAAUACAGAGGAAAAUACGUUUAG